UCUCAACAACAAAUACUUUCAGUUUCGUUUCGUCUUGAAUGUGAAGUGAGAAUAAAGCAGAGAGGACACACUGAAACACACAGCUUUAAUCACCAUUCACUGUCUCUGUCUGAAACUAAAAGUGUAAAUAAAAAAGUUUUGUUAGUCAUGACAUCCGUGGAUGAAUCGAUGAAUUCUGAAGAUUCAGAUGCUACACAAAAUCAGGCACCCAAUCAGAAUCAGUGCAGAAAUCAAGCUCAAGACCAAACAUCGAUGAAAUCCGACCCUGAAAAAACCACACAGGGCCCUGAAAAUAUGGACAUGGACACUGUAGAGCCUGAACCUACACCAUCCAGCAGUGGAAAUCAAGCACCAUCACCUGACACCACUGCCAUUACUACACAACCUAGCAGUAAUCACACCCAACAUCUUCACCAAAAUCCUCCUGGACACUACCAGUAUCAGGACUUGGGUACAGCAGAUCCAAGAGGAUCAAAUCCUGAGAGUUUACCUGCUGCCCAGAUUUCUUCAAUACAACAGCAAGACCAGAUGAACUCACUAGAACUUAGUGCUUCUGCUACAGACGAGGAAAUGCUGAAAAGAACUACAAAUGCUGGAGGUCCUCCAGAAGACCAGGAAACAGACCUGUAUAGAUCACCUGAAGAAAUACAGAAUCCUGCUGCUGCUGCAGAUGUUACAGGUGUUAUAGAGACGUCCUCAUCAGCAUCUAAGAGUUCUGAUACAACACACAAGAAACGUCAAAUAAACCUCCUGAGGGGAAAUUCUGUUAAUGAGAAGAAGGAUACAACAAAUCAUGAUGAGCGAAAACCCUCAGCACCUCCAGAUGUUGCAAAGGUUUAUGUGAAAGUGGACUGGCUAGAUGAAAUACCUAAGAGAUGGAAAAAUCACCUGCAAAUUGCUCUUCAGACCUGGUGUAACUCUGAACUAAAAGAGAAAUGCAGUGUUGAUGUAGUUCAGCUUGUAGGUGAUGAACGCACUGCAGAGGUGGAGAUAACGCCAUCAACUGCUUUGAAGAAUAUAAAAACUGGCAAAUUAACAUUCAAGCAGCUUGAUAAACGUGCCACAGUACACUUCCAGGACUAUGAACCACCGUCUGUGGAUACAGAUUCCAGUCCAAAGAUGAACAAGGAUGUGACUGAUGCAGAAAAAAAUCUAACUGAGUCUUUAAAGGAUGGAAGAGCAGCUUCUCAUUCCCCAGAAAACACUGACAAGCCAGGAGCUUCACACCCCCUUACUCUGCCUGUCUUUCAAUACUGGUACCUGAGUCAAGCUUACAGGAAGGAGUUGGACCUAAUUGAGAAUGAGUUUGGAGUUAAAAUAAAUGCAGAAACUUCAGUCUCAUUCUCUGCUGAGAAAGCUAAUGAGAAGCGUGAGAGUGAUUCUGUGAGCAGAGCUACUCAGGCCUUUACUGCUCUUGGCCAGAAUGCUAUAAAGAAUCUCAAAUAUGUUUCUGUCCCUCAAACACACAUGGAGUCUGACAUUAUGAAAGAGACACUGCGUAUUAUUCCAAAUGAACAGCACAAGAUCAUGUUAAGCAUGUCAGCAAAUAACUACCUGCUGUCUGGACCAGAACAAAUUACAUCAAUGGUUGAGAAACGGUUAAAUUUGGAACAAACAUCAUUCAGCUACAACAAGUCACACAAUAUGGAGACUGACCCCAAGCAGUGGGGGACACCAGGAAAUUGGAGUUCAACACAGACCUCUCAGACCUUGGACAUGGACAUCAGAGACACUCAAGCUCCAGUCGAGAUGGAUGAGGCACACUGGAAACUGAUGAUGAUUGCGUUUGAGAAGCAGCUUUCUGAGAUCCAAAAUAAAUAUGGAGUCCGGUUUGAUGUUGAAUCUGUCCGAGGCUUGUUUAAGGUGUCAGCACGGUCCACAGGAACUCAUCAGGUCAAUCUCGAAACUCACGCCCUCAGAGCCUUAACUCAUCUCUACCAAAAGGUAGUUACAUCAGCGGUCACCUGUGAUCUUAAAGAUUCUUCCUACACUGAGAAGGUGUCCCAGGCAUUUGAGAGAAUUCGCUCUCGACACAGCUGUGUUGGUGGAGGAGAUAGAAACGGAAGCUGGAAACUUUUUGGACUGCCAAAGCAUCUCGUUCCUGCUAUAGCUGACAUUGAGAAGAUUGUUGGACAUCCAGUAUUUGAUGACAAGACGAAGCAAAUGCUCGGAUAUCCGUGGGAUUUUCCACAGGCAAGUGGGUUUCAGAGGGGACAGAUGGGGAUGGAUGUAAUGAGAGGGGCACAUGGUACUGACCUGAGAGGUGGAAAAGAGAAUUUUGAUUUCAACCAAGGGAUCCAAAAUAAAGCAAAAGAAAAUGUUAAAGAAAAAGAAAGUGAAGAAGAUAAAUGUCCAAUUUGCCUGGAUACAUUUAUUAAAAAGACAAAACUGGACUGUGGUCAUGAGUUCUGCAAAGAGUGUCUGAAAUUGACAAUAAACAGCAAUGGAGCAAUUUGCCCUUUGUGUAAGAAAAUCUUUGGGAUAUUAAAAGGAAACCAGCCUAAAGGAAAAAUGGAGGUCCAACAUCACAAACAUACAGACCUACCUGGCUUUCCUCGAUGUGGCACAAUUAUAAUUUCUUACCACAUACCAGAUGGUACUCAGACAAGUGAACAUCCAAACCCUGGAAAACCUUACUACGGGACUCAUCGCACUGCGUACUUACCGGACAACGCUGAAGGAAACCAUGUGCUGAAGCUGCUGAGAAGGGCUUUUGAUCAGAAACUCACCUUUACUGUUGGAUUCUCCAGAACAACUGGAGCAGAUGAUAUGGUUAUCUGGAACGACAUUCAUCACAAGACGAAUACACACGGUGGCCCACAAAGUUAUGGCUAUCCAGACCCUGACUACUUACAAAGAGUGAAAGAAGAGCUGAAGGCCAAAGGCAUCGAGUAAAGAUUAAAAAUACAGAAUUCUGAAUUCAUAUUUUACUUUUUGCUUGAAUACUUUAAAAUACUAUUUCAAAAACAAAAAAACGAACCAAAAAAAAAAAGAAAGACAUUGUAAGUGGCGUCAUUAAGAAAUGUAUAGGAAAAUACUUACGUGAAUGUGACUUCUAACAGGGUGUAACAUGCCUAAUGCAGAUUAUUAUUAAGGUGAUUAUUAAGGUGAUUGUUAUCUUGAAUAUAUUGUUUGGUAGAUUUGAAGGAUUUCUGGUUUCCUUUUAAUGAUGUUUUCUGUGCCUGAUAUUCUUGAUGUAUGACAGAAAUGUUAAUGCGUCUUUCUAUAAAUAAUUUGCUUUUGUUUAGCGGUUUCAGAUCAUCUGUGUGAUAUUAGACACUGGAAUGGUGGAUUGUCAAAACAAAUUAAAAUACAAGUAAAUCAUACAAAACAUGAAAA